AUGAUAUUAUUGCUCAUAAGAAUAGUAGAAGAUUAUUUCUUACUAAAAUACAUAGUAUGUCCUCUAGGAUUGUUGUUAGCUUUAAUUUUAACCUAUUUUUUGGCAAAGUUUCUUAUAACAGAGAUAUAUUUCUCAUUUUUUAAAAAGAGAUUGAAUUUUAGAGAUGGCUUUGUUGUUGUAUUAACUGGUGGAAGCAAUGGAAUUGGUUUGGAGUUGUCAUACAUCUUAGCAAAUAAUCAUGGAAAAGAUAUUACACUAUUGAUAUUUGAUGUUUAGGAGAAUAAAGAAUAAAUAAAUAUUCUGAAAAGUAAAUGCUAAAAAGCAGAGUUUAUUAGCUGCGAUUUGAGUGAAUAAAAAUAAAUAGAUUAGGCCUUUUAGGAAGUGAUUGAUAAAUAUAAUUGCGUUGACAUAUUGAUAAAUAAUGCUGCUGUUGCCUUAAUAGAGUAUUUUGAUGCAAUGGCAAUUUAAUCAUUUUUCAAAGCUUAAUAAAUUAAUUUAUUAUCUUAUAUGAAGUUAACUCAUCUCUUUUUGAAUUAGAAAAAUUUUGCAAACAAAAAAGAGAAAAGCAUCCUUUUUAUGGGCUCUGUUGCAGGAUUUUAGGUUGGACUUAAAACGUCUGAAUACGCCUCUUCCAAGUUUGGUUUGGUUAUGUUUAACGAAGCUUUAAGAGCUGAACUAAAGACAUAAGAAAAAUACAACUAAGUUAAACUUACUAUUAUAAAUCCAUAUUAAGUGGAUACAGAAUUAUUUAAAGGAUUUAAAACAUUUUUUAAACAGCUCUUUCCUACUUUAAGUGUGAAAAAAGUUGCUAAUACUGUUUAUUACAGCUUGAUUUAAAAAAGAAAUAUAGUAUUUAUAAACUGGCAUUAUGAGGUGUUUAUAUUUUUUGUUUCUAGCUUACCUGCUUGGUUGAAAGAUUUGGCAGGACUAAUUACACUUAUGGAUACUCUAAAUACCUUGGUAGGAAAAAAAUAAAAAUUCCCAUCUUAAACAGCACAAAAAUCUUUGCAUUCUUAGUGA